AUGUCUUUCCCAUUCUCUCUCUUCUCCCGCUGGACGGGAAGACAGCCCACGCCCACCACGCCGAUCAUCGCCAGACAACAGCACCCCUUCGGCUCAACGUCAAACCUCACCUCGACUUCGACACCGUCGUCCCCAGGAAGCCCGAAGCGCCCGACCAACACCACUCCAUCGGGAUUCAUGAACAUCCCGCUCGAGAUGCACACCCAGGGUAUACGAGAGACGCUGAACUGCGUCGACGGUGGUGAGUCCCCCUCAUCCCUCCUCGCCCUCCGCCGCCUCCAGGCCGAAGCUGAAAGCCGCGCGCGCACCAGACGAGGCGAGGCCGACAACAUACUCCGCGCCCUGGCAGUCGUCCGCAGCAGCGGCAGCAGCGGCAGCAACACCGGCAACAAUAACACGCCCGCCACGCCAAGGGUCUCCCAGGUCGAGAGCGGCCAGGACCGAUACCGCGACGACAGUAGCAGCGGCGAAGAAGAUGAGGAGAAAGAGGAAGAGGUAACGGGCUCCUCGGUGCAGAAGGACGGAGCGAAGGAAAAUGUAGCUGACGCGGGAAGCAGGAUGACGAGGACGAAUUCGAGGGGGAUCUCGCCGGGGGGUGGGGGCUCCCGUCCUUUUCCCCCGGAUUCUUCUCGGGAGGCGACGGGAGAGGCGAGUGGACUCUGCUCGAGGACCGGGGCGACGACGCCCGGUGCGGCUCUUCCUGUGCCCACGGACGAGGAAAGACGAGAUGGGUGGCGGGAGGCGGGGAGUCCGGCAAGGAGCCCUUCCGACACCUCUGAGGACGGCCGGGAAGAGGAUCUCGAGACGCUGGCGAGGCGGGCGCUGGACGCCUACCGCGAGCUUUCUCUGGGAUCCCCGACAUCAAGCGACGACGCCUCCGGGCACAGUUCCGACGACGAGGUUCAUCAGAACACUACGCGCCCGAUCACCGCCCUCGGCUGGUACGAGGACGGGGGAGGGAACUCCUCUACCGAAAGCAUCGCGGCUCAGUCGUCGUCCACCGAAGAAUCCAUCGAAGAGCAGAGAAAUGCCCAGGCGAGGGUGGCGACCGUUGUCGGGAUGGCCUCAGGUAGACCUCGGCUGAUCAUCCAGACCAACCAGACCACGCGCUUACAACGACUCAUAGAAAACACCGACCAAGCCGUCGACAUCGACGUUUCGGGAGGCGUCACCCUCGAAGCCGGCACGUACGCCUUCAAGUCGGAAACCGCGUCCUUCCAGAUCACGAUACGAUGCGACGACGGGGUCAGCCUGGACUACUCCAGCCCCCCCAGCGCCGGCGUUGAGCGCCGCUGCGUCGACGAAGACCCCUCCCCGACCACGACCGACGGGGACAUCGACGACCUCCUCGAUCACUACUCCAACUCGGACGAGGACCAAUACGAAGAUGAAGAAGACGAAGACCAAGAAGAAUACGACGAGACCGAAGACGAGGACUACCUCACCCCCCGCGAAGCCCCCUCUCCCCUCCCGCCGACCCUGGCACAAGGCAUCGAUCUGCCCCCCUUCUUCCCAAACUCCCCCAACGCCCAACGGCCCCUCGACAUCAUCAAAUCGGGCCUCUCCCUGCCCCCGACAACCUCCCACCGGGACCUCCAGGACCACAUCGCCCGCAACUCGUCCAUCAUCCGCUACCUCGCCCUCCACCUCGUCCCCGGCCCGGACAUCAACCCCGUGGAACACACGACCGACCUCGCCGAGCCCUCCCUCCAACCCGAAACCCGCAGGCGCGGAUACACCCGCCUCCUGCAGGCCAUCCGCUCCGUCUACUGGGACUCGGGCGCCGUCAACGACAUGCUGAACAUCGUCGACGCCCUCUCCGCCUCGAACCGCGGCCGGCGCCGCCGCGAUACCAUCCCCGUCUUCCGGAAACUCCGCUCCGGGGACGCACGGCGCAAAGGAUGUCUCACAGCCGCGCAGGCCCACCGCCUCGACGAGCUAGGCUUCUCGCUCCUCGAGGUCGUCGCGAUGAAGGACCUCCCCAAGGUCGUGAGCCUCGGGUUUGUGGGACGGCUGAUCGAGGCCGCGGAGACGGGGGCGCUGGCCAUCGCGAGGGAGUGCGAUAUUCUCGACGAGGACGGCGCGCUGCUGGAGCUCCUGUCGGAUGUGGAGGGUAAGGUCUCGUCCAGUAGGAGCGAGGGCGGCGGGAAGAAGAGUGUGGUUGGCAUGCCGAGCGGGCUGCGCUGUUGCGUUAACAUGGACGAGGUCAGUGAUGUCCAGAGCGAGGAGGAGGAUGAGGAGGAGGAUGGCGGGAUGAUGUUGAGCGUGAGUUCGUUGUCGAGUCAGCCGGAGAAUGAGGAGGAUACGGAAGAGAGGGCGGAUGUGACGGAGUCCAGCCUGGGCGAGCUGGAGUCUCUCUCCAAAGACCUUCAACAGUCCGCAGGUCCUGACGACGGCCCUCUUGGUGAGGAAACAGUAACAGACAUCAUCGGCAAACGACCCAUGCUCUCGAGAUCUGAAGGCAGUUUUCGGGCACUGGAUAAGACCGACACGAUCCUGGUCGACGAGGAAACCAAGAACAGUCCCGGGUUGACGCGCUUCUUCCAAGAGAUCGGAGCGACGCCGGUCGUCGAUGCGGAUACCACAGUUAGACACAACAUCAUCCAAGAAACCGACCAUACUUCUGACGAAGAGCAGUCUUGGGGCUUUAAUCUGGGAGGUAUCUUGGUAGGGUAA